CUCUCUCUCUCUCUCUCUCUCUCUCUCUCUCUCUCGGGAGAAAGGGUAGGUAGAAUUGGAGAAAGACUAAAAAAGAAAAGGAGAAGGAGAAUUCAAUUCCCUUCCCAAAGUUGAAGAAGGGAUCAUGAGAGGAGAGGGAACAUUUCUUUAAAAGAGACUACAGUUGCUUUCUCCUUUUCCUUUUUUUCUUCCUCCCUCUCUUACUCUUCUUAGACUAUUGUUUAUUUUGGAGAAGUGGAAGAGACGGGAGAGAAACGGUUACCCUGGGAUGGGAAUAAGAGGAACUUUGCUAAUAUGACAUGGACCAAAGAUUGCGGCGAGGACGGUCGCGAUGGUCGAGCGAUCGAUGGAAAAUCCGAGGAAGAAGAACAUCGGAUCAAAAGCUGCCCAUCAUGCGGCCAUCGAAUCCUAUGCCACGAACAGGCGGCAAUUCAUGAACUGCCUGGGCUGCCUGCGGGAGUGAAGUUCGAUCCGACGGACCAAGAGCUUCUUGAGCAUUUGGAAGGAAAGGUGCGGUCUGAUAUUUGUAAGCUUCAUCCACUCAUUGAUGAAUUCAUCCCUACACUCGAAGGAGAGAAUGGGAUUUGUUACACUCACCCAGAGAAGCUUCCAGGAGUGAGUAGAGACGGCCUAAUCCGCCACUUCUUCCAUCGCCCUUCCAAGGCUUACACCACAGGAACCAGGAAGCGUAGGAAGGUGCACACGGACGCACAAGGUGGCGAGACCCGGUGGCACAAGACAGGCAAAACUCGGCCCGUUUUUGUGGGUGGGAAGCUGAAGGGCUACAAGAAGAUCCUAGUCCUCUACACCAACUACGGCAAGCAGCGAAAGCCUGAGAAGACGAAUUGGGUGAUGCACCAAUACCAUCUUGGUUCCAAUGAAGACGAGAAGGAUGGGGAGUUAGUAGUCUCCAAAGUGUUCUACCAGACCCAGCCCAGGCAAUGUGGUUCAGGUACUAAGGACUCCAAGAGCCACGAUGGGCAUGAUAGCAUUGCUCUCAAGGACACUGGGAUUGUCGAUUACUAUAACCCGUCGAUCAUAUCCUACGAUCAAGGGACCCACGAUAGGGUGAACCCUCAUCAGCUCUUAACAAACUUCGUUGUACAUGCUGAUGGUGCUUCAUUUCUACCUUAAAGAGCUGAGCAUAUAUGAAGAGUAGUAGAUAGGGUGGAGGAAAGGUGGUGGAUAGGAGAUGUUGUUGUGUACUACUAAAAUAAGCUGAGAAAUGCAAUCGCUACUUACAUUCCUGUCUUCACCAUGUGAGAUCUAAGCCGUCCAUCAGGUGGGCCUCACGCCUUAUGUGCGAUUGGCCUACAAGAUCAGGCUGGUCCUACUAUUUCAGGUGGGUUAAAAACCAGUCCUCCACAUUCCAUGUGUAUGGGUGUGUCCACCUUAUUAAUAGACUGGUCUGAUUUUUAGGGCUCGUCAUAAACACACUGGGGCCCACCUGAUGAAUGGCCAUACCACUCUCGUGAGUAGCCUUAGCGGGUUUAAGUUUAUUAAAGCUAUUCUCAGAAGGGAGGUAGAGGCUUUGAUCAGAGCAUUAUUCAAACUUUGUACAAGAUGAGGAUGCUGUUUAUAUUAAUUAAUACGUGUUAAAAGAUAAUUUGUAGAUUUGCUCUUC